UAUUUCAUUACAGUUUUUAAAAACCAGUUAUUAAGUACAACUCUGCCCCUGAUCAGUUUGAUGUCUACAAUACAGUUAAAAUGAUCUCCAGUCGAUGAUGUUGAUGGGCUUGCUGUUAAAACAUUUCGUUACUCUCCAACAAUGGUCACAAGAAUGAUAGUUGUCAUCACUGUGACAUUAAUUUAUUUCAUCUUCCCGGUUUCACAUGCUUUGCUAUUUCCUGCCGAAAGUGAAAGUCGAGAAUUGCGUUCCUUGGACGGCCUUUGGAACUUUAAGAUAUCGCCUAUUACCGCUCAAAAUUUGGGAUUCAAACAAAAAUGGUACACGAAGCGAUUCGAAGAAUUGGGAGACUUUUGGAAGAUGCCCGUACCGUCUAGUUACAACGACGUAACAGCCAAUGCGACUUUAAGAGAUUAUGUGGGUUGGUCUUGGUACCAACAUGAGUUUUUCGUUCCAAAAAGAUGGGCUACUGAUCAACUUAACGUUUUCAUACGUUUUGGAAGUGUCCAUUUCAAUUCGACCGUGUGGUUAAAUGGCGAGUGGUGUGUGGAUCACGAAGGUGGCCAUUUGCCGUUUACGGGCAAUGCUACAUUCUUACUCAAAUACGGCGAACUCAAUUUAAUAGUUGUUGCAGCAAACAAUACAUUGGGACUAGACACAAUACCGCAAGGCUUUAUAAAUUUUCCAAACGAUACAUACAAGUAUCCAGAAGGUUAUAGAAAAUACUCUCAUAAUUUCGACUACUUCGAUUACGCUGGAAUAAAUAGAGCAGUUUAUUUAUAUACAACGCCAAGAGUUCACAUUUGUGACAUUAACGUCACUACAAGUUUUGGAACAAAUGGAGAAGGAUUUGUAGAUUUCAAAGUCGACGUUUGUGGAGGGAAUGCCGUUAAAUGUCAGGUCAAGCUUUUGGACUCCAAUCGGACUAUGGUCGCCAGCUCAGAGUUGUGUUUUGGACGGCUGACGAUUUCGAACCCUACGCCGUGGUGGCCUUAUAUGUCUGGAAAAAGGCGUAUAGCAUAUUUAUACACAUUCGAAGCAAAAACCACCCUCGUCGAAAACACCGACGUUUAUCGACUACCGAUCGGUAUUCGGAGUCUAGAGUGGAACUCCAAAGGGUUAUUACUGAACGGCGAACCACUAUACUUGAGGGGUUUUGGAAAACACGAAGAUUCGAUUUUACGGGGCAGAGGAUACAACGAUGUGGUGAGUGCCAGAGACUUCUAUUUGAUCAAAUGGCUGGGCGCUAAUUCGUUCCGUACUUCACACUAUCCUUACGCCGAAGAGACAUUGCAACAAGCCGACGCCGAAGGGAUCCUCGUGAUCGUAGAAAGUGCUGCUUGUCAAAUAACCACGUUUGGAUCGAAACUACUGGAAUCUCACAAGCAAACCAUGACGGAAAUUGUCAACCGCGACAAGAAUCACCCCAGCGUCAUUAUGUGGUCUCUAGCAAACGAACCCACCAACAAUGUGAAUACUUCGACAUCGUACUUCCAGACUCUCUAUCAGCAUGUUCGUUUAAUGGAUCCAACAAGACCUAUAACGUUCGUUAACAGUCAGCCGAUUCAAAGAGCAAAAGGUAUUGAAUAUAUGGACGUCUUAACGGUGAACCGAUACAGUAGUUGGUACAGCGAUUCAGGACAUUUGGAACUCAUACCGUACCAAACGUACAAAGAAUUAGAAGCGUGGAGUUUGAAAUACGGAAAGCCAGUAUUAAUGACCGAAUACGGAGCUGGUUCGUUAUCGGGACUACACUCGCUUCCGGAAACUAUGUGGAGUGAAGAAUAUCACGUGCUGUUGCUUCAAAAAAAUUUCGAUACGUUUGACUUACUAAUAGCUAACGGCAUUCCGUUGCUCGGAGAAAUGAUAUGGAAUUUCGCCGACUUCAAAACCCCCCAAGAGUACAUAAGACCUGGCUUAUGCGUCAAAGGCUUAUUCACAAGAGAGAGACAACCAAAAAUGGCAGCUCACGUGGUGAAAGAGCGUUUUCAAAAAUUCACACACAACGGAGCACGUUCCAAUUUAACACUUAACAAUUUUUUUAACGAACUCUAAUCCAUUUAUGUAGUCUUUCUUUAAUUGGAUUUACUAAGUGAUUAUAAUUAUUACUAAUAUUUAUUGUGUAUUAACUAUUAUAUAUUGUGAGUGCACUAGCCAAUGGUCAACAUGAAUCUAAAAAAUAUUUGCAUUAUGUUGUUAAUACAUGGGAAACAACGACAACAAAUAAUAGUUAUUACAGACAGACAUUAUUA